GCACUUUGGUUACUGAACCCUAAUCAGUUGAGUUCAGAAUUUUUCUUUUUUUGAAAAAUGGGAAAGAGCAAAAUUUUGAUAAUUGGAGCAAGUGGGAACCUGGGUUUUCACUUAGCAGAAGCAAGCCUCAAGUUUGAUCAUCCAACAUUUGCACUUGUUAGGGAUUCUGCUUUCUCUGACCCCAUCAAAGCACAGAAGCUUCACUCUCUCUCUCAUGCUGGUGCCACCCUUCUCAAAGGUUCCCUCCAAGAUGAAGCCAGCAUUGUUGAAGCUGUCAAGUUAGUGGAUGUUGUUAUUUCUGCUGUUUCAGCUAAGCAAACUCUUGAUCAGAAGCUUCUUAUCCGAGUUAUCAAACAAUCUGGCUCCAUUAAGAGAUUUAUCCCAGCUGAAUUUGGAGCAGACCCUACCAAGGUUCAAAUAUAUGACCUGGAGGAUGGCCGCAAUUUCUACGCACCCAAACUCGAAAUUCGCCAGAUGAUUGAGGCCGAAGGCAUUCCAUAUACCUGCAUUUGCUGCAAUUUCUUCAUGAAGAUUUUGCUCCCUUCUCUUGUUCAGCCAGGCUUAAAUGCUCCUCCUAGGGACAAGGUUACCAUAUUUGGUGAUGGGAACACAAAAGGCAUAUUUGUUAAGGAAAAUGAUGUUGCUGCCUUCACUAUUAGCACAGUUGAUGACCCCCGCACCUUGAACAAAGUGUUGUACUUGAGACCACCAGGAAACGUUUGUUCUCUGAAUGAACUAGUCGAGAUGUGGGAAACUAAAAUUGGGAAGAAGCUCGAGAAAUCACAUGUCUCAGAAGAAGAGCUGGUCAAGAAAAUCAAAGGUACUUCUUAUCCUGCCAACUUUGAACAGCUUUUCAUAUAUUCUGCUUUCAUAAAGAAAGAUCACACCUACUUUGACAUUGAGUCUUCCAAUGGAGUGAAUGGAACAGAACUGUAUCCACAACUGAAAUAUACCACAGUCAGUGAAUUCUUAGACACACUAGUUUAGUUUGAGGCUUUUUUAAAUAUUGGCUGCAAAGGUGACCUAAGAAGAUUCUGAAUGAAGUGGUCAAGACAGAUCUAAAUAUAAAUAGACUUACAGAAGACAUCAUAUAUGAUAGGAUGCAGUGUAGCCGACUCCACCUAGUAGGACGAAGUUUUGUUGUUGUUGUAUCAUUUUUUGAAGGUGUAAAAUAAGUAGCCUGUUAGAAUUUGGUGAUGCUACAUUAGGGAAUGAAUAGUUCUAUUCAAGUAACUAUUUCAAAAGUAAAAGCUACAGAUAAAUUAUAUA